AUGGCACUGUUUCGUGAUAUCGUCGUGUUGAUAGAGCCAUAUUUGAUGGAAGAGGGAUCCAAGGCUAUGUUAGGCUUGCAAAAGUGCAAACACCUCGGACGGAAAAUCAAGGCACAGCGUACUCCUCAAUGGCCCGUGCCAAUCACGACUGAUAUGCCCUCAAAGGAUAUCUGCGACACUCUCUUGGAUUGCUAUCUUGGAUCUUUCGAGCGGGUAUACAGAGUGGUACACGUGCCAUCAUUCAAAAAGGACUAUGAGGCAUUCUGGAGCUCCCAAGGGCGCCACGAUCCUAUUUUUCUUGUGCAGCUAAAAUUGGUGCUUGCUAUUGGAUGUACAACCUACGACGAUGAACUAUCGCUGCGUUCCACGGCGAUCCACUUCGUCUACGAAGCUCAAACUUGGCUGUCUGAACCCGAAACAAAAGCUCGCCUCGGUAUACCAUUUUUGCAAACUCAGAUUCUACUCCUUCUAGCCAGGGACUUACUGGGGGUCGAUGGGGGUAUGAUAUGGGCCGCAGCAGGUACUUUGCUUCGAACGGCUAUGUACAUGGGAUUACACCGGGACCCAAUUCAAAUGCCGAAUAUGUCGAGAUUCGUAUCUGAAAUGCAUCGCAGAUUGUGGAGCACCAUUCUGGAAAUUUGUCUCCAAUAUAGCAUGGAGUCUGGCGGUUCCCCUCUCAUAUCACUUGAAGAAUGCGAUACACAGCCUCCAGGAAACUUUGACGAUGAUGAUAUUAUCAUCGACACAUCCAUACCUCAUUCAGACGACCAUUUGACAUCGACAUCAAUAUCAAUUGCUUUGCGGAAGACAUUCCCCGUUCGCCUUGCGAUCGCGAGGUUCUUGAAUGAUGUUAAUGGGCAGAGUUCCUACGAAGAAGCCAUUCGACUGGAUUCCAGGCUCAGAGCUUCCUAUAAAGAGAUGCGUCGGGUGAUCCAGAGAUACGGAAUGACUCCAUCAGGGUUUGAAAUAUCUAUGCUUGAUUUUCUCAUUCGUCGGUAUCUCAUAUCCAUCCACAUACCAUUUUUCGGGCCGUCAUACCUUGAAACGACAUAUGCCUUCUCCAGAAGUGUGGUCAUUGACACCGCGGCCAAAAUAUUCAACUCCGCACUCAAGCCAUCUACUCAAUCGCCGAACCUAGGAUCGAAACAAAGUGCACAGACGCACCAAACCGACUUCAGGCGAUUAACGACAUGUGGGUCGGGAUUCUUCCGCACUGCGCCUUUGCAUUGCAGCUUUUUGGUAGCAGUCGAAUUGAAGAAUCAAAUCCUGGAGGAAGAGGGCCUCGGGCCUGUCUCCCUUCGAUCAGACUUGCUGUCCGUGUUGCGCGAAGCUGACGGGUUCAGUCUGAGAAGUAUUGAGAAUGGAGAAACCAACAUCAAAGGUCACCUGUUCAUGUCACUGGUAACCACUCAAAUUGAUGCUCUCAUGCGAGGGGUGGCUAAAGAAGAAAUCCCAAAGCUUUUGAUUAAGGCUGCUGAAGAGGCUGAAGAUAAGUGCUUGCUGAUUCUCGAAAAUCUCGCGGCGAAAGGCCAGAGGGAGAAGAUGGGAAGUUCACUUGCGUCUGUAUCCGAAGCCGCACUACCUGACAUGGGAGAUGAAUGGGAUUUCAUGAUGACCGACGGUAGCUUUAACCUCGCUGACAUGGAACUUCCGAGCUGGAUGCUGGCCAGCAUACCAUACGGCAUACCAUGA